GGCCUUGACUUUCUCCACGAGAAAGUUCCAGACGAGAGAGCAUCGGGAAAACCUGUCCUAGGCCAUCCGGAAAUGCUCUGCACGUAGGGAUCGCAACGACAGCGACGGGUUCCUCUCAGACGGUUUGUUCGUCUGGCGCUUUUGCGUUGAUCGACCGUGAUCUGGACCGGCACACGCGUCGACGACCACCAUGGCGACCCAAAGCUGCUGUGGUACGUCGCCGUUCCUGGGGGAUUGCGGCUCAUGCAAGUCCUGUGGUUACGAGGUAAGGAAAGAAUCCAAGAUGUCAAAGCAUCAAAAGGGCGUCGAGGGCUCGAAAAUCGCUAGCUUACAUGGAUCCAGAGACGACCUUCUGGCAGUGGAGCUGCAGAGCAAGAUUUCCAUCUUUCGCGAUCUCAUUGACUUACCACCUUGCCAUGGUUCUUUGUCAGUCGACAAGCUGGUAAUAGAGACAAUGAGAGAUCUCCAAAAGCUUUACCCUGAAAUCAUAUCAAAGAUGCAAGUCGCAGAAAUGAAGACAUCAGCAAUAAAUCAGGGUUUGAGUUACUUUUGCACUGCCUUAAUAUCAAUCGGAGAUUCGUGGAAGAUGAACAAUGUGUGGAUUGACAACACCACCGUCAACGAGAUUGCUAAUAUGGAGCGCAACAAUUUGGAGAAAAUUGUGGGAAUAGUAUUGGCAAUACUCGAAGGCCUGAUAAAACUAGUUAGAGAGAAAUUCGACCUGAUGGAUGUAGAAAAUGAGGACGAAGAUCAGCGACAGUUCGAGAAGAACUUCACGGGAUGUCUCGACAUCCAAAGCCCCUGUGGCUCGCCUGUUAGUCCGAAUUCAGUCCUUCCAGAACAGCUCAUGGCCACGAAAUUCGCAGAGGUCUCCUACACGCCAGCACUGCUGUUUCCUCUCCGUGUUAGGGCUGUGGGGAAAUUGAACCCAAUCGAUGUGAAGCGCCUUUCGCUGUACAUGUUUCCUAAUGUUAUGGCACAAACCGGCAGUACUGCAAAUGCAAUUUGUGAGAAAAAGGAGGAAGCUAGCAACACUGACGAUGUGAAACAAGAACUUGCAAAAGAGGAGGCUUUGCAAGGAACAGUGCAGCCACCAAAGGUGUUGUCCAGUGCAUCGCCAUUGCCUAUGUUGCUGCCACCGCCACCGCCAGUGCCUUGCAGGAUCUCACCAAUAGAGGAGGGUUCGCAAGGAACAGUACAGCCACUUAAGGUAUUGACCAGUGGGUUGUCAUCACCUACGUUGCCACCUCCACCACCGCCACCGCCACUGCCUUGCAGGAUCUCACCUAUAGAAGUCCAGCCAAACAUUGUAGCACAAGCACCCCCACCGCCUCCACCACCUCUACCUUCUUCAUCAGUCAAUUCACCAAAUGUUACAAAUCAGUACCCACUACCUCCCCUGCCGCCACCGCCACCAGCACCAAAGAUGCAAGGGAACGUCUUGGUGCCUCCUCCACCGCCACCUCCGCUUCAGACACCUUCAAAAGGAUCCACACCUCCACCAUUACCUCCCCCACCAUUUGGAAAAGGAGGAGCUGCUCCACCACCCCCUCCUCCACUUAGUGCGACCAAAUCCUUGCGGCCCAAGAAAUCAACCACAAAGCUGAAAAGAUCAACCCAAAUUGGCAGUUUAUAUCGUCUGCUCAAGGGAAAGGUUGAAGGGUCGAGCCUAAAUGGUAGAUGUGCCAAUGGGAAGAAAAGCAAGGUCGGCGCCUCGAGUGGUGGAAAACAAGGAAUGGCCGAUGCGCUAGCGGAAAUGACAAAGAGAUCGGCAUACUUCCAACAAAUCGAGGAAGACGUCCAAAACUAUGCAACAAUUAUAAAAGAGUUGAAGGGUACCAUCAUUUCUUUCAAAACCAAGGACAUGGCUGAGCUGCUCAAGUUCCACAAUCAUGUAGAGUCUCACCUUGAAAAGUUGACUGAUGAAACACAGGUCUUGGCGAGGUUCGAAGGAUUCCCCACAAAGAAGUUGGAAUCAUUACGAACAGCCGCAGCACUGUACACGAAGUUAAACUCUAUUAUCGUCGAGUUGCACAACUAUAAAAUCGUGCCUCCCUUAGGGAAGCUCCUUGACAAGGUUGAGUGCUACUUCACCAAGAUCAAAGGAGAACUCGACAAACUCGAGCGCACAAAAGAUGAAGAGGCCAAGAAAUUCUCAGCCUGUGACAUCCAAUUCGACUUCGAUAUACUCGUAAGGAUCAAGGAAGCAAUGGUGGAUGUAUCUUCAAGCUGCAUGGAACUGGCACUUAAGGAGAAGAGGGACGCCAAGGCGAAUGAGGAUUUAAAUGCUGGAACAGAAGCGAACAAACGAGGACAGGCAUGCACAAAAAUGCUCUGGAGGGCUUUUCAGUUCGCAUUCCGGGUGUACACAUUUGCUGGUGGCCAUGACGACCGUGCCGACAAGCUCACUAGAGAGCUGGCUCAUGAGAUCGAGUCUGAUCCGCAGCACCAGUGAACCUGUCAAUCUAUAUUUAACCAAUUAAAUGACAAGUUUGAGGCUAUUCAGUGUAUCUUAUUGGAGAGUCCUUUUUUUGUGGCUUAUAUAUAAUCUCUUUAAGAAAUUCCAGUAAUCUCUUACUAGAUUUCUUGAGGACACCAGUUUAAAAUAUGCCAUUCCAAGACUCUCUGGCAGAGAUACAAGCUAAACUUAAGGUUUGCUCCAUGUUGGA